GUUUAUUUAGGUGGUGAACAUCAUCUCAGGGGGUUAAUCACGUCAAAUGAUUUAUCCUCUCUUAUCGUGCUAUCUCCGUUAUUGAAGUAGAGUGAAGAGUGGGGAAUUGUACACACUGUCCAAUGAGUAAACUUCUAUUUAGUCUCGUUCGAGACAAUCAGUUGACCAGUCUGUUAUCUCUCCCUCGUAUGAGGGACCAGUGGGAUUUUAUUUUCAAAUAAAAAUAGAACAUUCUCACUGUGCGUUUGGUAAUAGUUCAGUCAAUUACUGGAUAUCUGUGAUAAAACAGCAAUUUUCUAUUGACAAUCGAUGCAUUUUUCUACUGAAAAUCAAUUCGAUCGAUAGAAACUGUUAUUUGGGAGAUUGAAGAUAUCGAAAUGGAUCGUACCACUGUUGAAGUCCGAAAUCGUCCGAAUGUAGACGACAAAACUGCCAUCGAACUCGUUAAUACAUUGUAUGGGUUCAAGGUGAUGAGCAUCAGAGAACUCAAUGGAUAUGACGAUAAAAAUUUACGAAUCAAAUGUGUCGAAGAUUUUGAUAAUCCUCACGUUAAAUCGAUCGAGACAGAUGGAUAUGUAUUGAAGAUAAUGAACUCCCUGGACUCGAAGAACGUUUCUCUGGUUGAGGGACAGAACGCAAUGAUGUUAUACCUCCAUCAGCGUUCAAUUUCGUGUCCCAUUCCGGUGAUGAAUUUGAAAGGAAGUUAUUACUCUCUGGAGGAUCUUGGGGAGGGCGAGGAGAAUAAGAAUGUCAUUCGUCUUUUAGUCUAUCGUCGAGGAGAAAUUUUGUACAAUGUAAAACCCUCCGACGAUCUCCUCCGAGACGUUGGGCGUUUCUCGGCGGAUUUGGAUGAAAAAUUGAGGGGAUUUUCUCAUCCCUCGUACAAAAGCCGAGACUUCAUAUGGAUGCUUGUUGCAACCCCAAAAUUACGUGACUACACAUACGCCGUUAAAAAUGAAGGGGACAGAGUUUUAGUGGAAAAAAUCAUCAGUCGUUUUGAGGAAGAUGUACUGGAAAAUAUGGAGCACUUUGAGAUGGGAAUGAUACAUGGAGAUAUCAACGAGCAGAAUUUGCUUGUUGAUUUUGAUCAUCAGAAGAUCGCUGGUGUUAUUGAUUUUGGGGACACUCAGUACUCGUGUCUUAUUUUCGAACUGAUAAUAGCCCUGUGUUACAUGAUUAUUCAGGUUAAGGAUAUAGGGAGGGGGAGACACGUGGUAGAAGGAUUUUUGAGGGUGAAAAAAAUAUCCGAGUUGGAGAGGAAGAUUUUGAAGACUGGAGUCUGCGCUAGAUUGUGUCAGAGUCUUGUUAUGGGGGCUUACUCUCAUUUGAAUAAUCCUCAGAAUGAUUACGUUGUAGUAACAGCUGCGAAUGGAUGGAAAAUAUUGAGGGAAUUGUGGCCCAUGGAUGAUGAGGAGGUUUUGAAAAUUUGGGGGCUUUAGAUGCGUUGAAAAAUAAUGUACUCAUUGGUUUUUUAUGAAGUAUUACUGAGCUCUGGCAAUUCGUCAAUUAUAAACGAGAUUAAUCAUCAUGCAGGGAGAAAAAUACUAUUUUAAAUGGUGAAUUUUAAAUGGUGAAAUAAAAAGAUAACGUUAAAUAUUAAGCGUAUAGUUCGUUCUAGAUCGAAAUAGUGAAGUCAAUUAUGUAGAAGGAGAAUUUUAAUAAUCAUCUUGUGUUAUAUGAUUAUUCAGGCGAAGGGUUUAGGAAUGGGUUAAAUUUGGGGGCUUUAAAUUCGUUGAAAAAUUGUUCCGUUUCGUUUUCUAUGAAAUAUUAAUCAACUUUGUCAAUUCGUCAAUUAUAAACGAGAUUAGUCAUCGUGCAAUGAUAUAUAUUGUGAGAAAAAUACUAUUUUAACUAGUGAAAUAAAAUAAGCGCUGCUAUUCAAUAUUUUGAUAACGUUAAAUAUUAAAUAUACUUCAUUCCAGAAAAAUAUUGGACUUAAAAAUUUGGGGGCCUCAGUCCAGUUAAUUAUUAGAAAAAAGUUUACUCAGUAAUUAUGCAGUGAUAUACCUUCUCCCCAUUUUAUUUUCCAUAUAGUUAUACGUAGGCAGUUACAAUAUUUACAUACAGAUUCAAUGAACAAUAAUAAUACUCUUCAUUUGAUAAUAUUGCAGUAACCAUUUUACAUUGUGUUGUGUUAGUUAUAUACAAAAAUCGUUGAUCUAAUUUAUAAUUAGGUAAUUAGGUUAUUAUACUUUCGGCGUUGACGUACGAAAUUCAUAAGUAAAGUUAAAUGAAAUUUCAAUCAACACUCCUUUAUACUUUAAUAUCAAUAAAAAAUAAAUAAAAUAAUUGUUAUAAUA